AGGAGGAGGGAGAGGGCUCGGCAGCUGCAGUGCUCAUCCCCCCGUACACGGCGAGCAUCCCCCGGAAUGCUGGGGAGCCCGGGGUCCCUGAGCGCGCCCCUGAGCUGAGCCCCGGGCCCCCCGGAGCCCCGUCUUCACAGCUUGUGUGCAGGGGCCGCGGUACGUGCAUGUCCACGGGGGGCAGAUUUAACUUUGACGAUGGGGGGUCUUACUGCGGCGGCUGGCAGGACGGCAAGGCGCACGGGCACGGCAUCUGCACGGGUCCCAGGGGCCAGGGCGAGUACACGGGCUCCUGGAGCCACGGCUUCGAGGUGCUGGGCGUCUACACCUGGCCCAGCGGCAACACCUACCAGGGCACCUGGGCGCAGGGCAAGCGCCAUGGCAUCGGCGUGGAGAGCAAGGGCAAGUGGGUGUACCGGGGCGAGUGGACCAACGGCUUCAAGGGGCGCUACGGGGUGCGGGAGAGCGCGGGCACCGGCGCCAAGUACGAGGGCACCUGGACCAACGGGCUGCAGGAUGGCUACGGCACCGAGACCUACUCCGACGGAG